AUGACUGUUGUUCAGUUUUAUUCUGUCCCCUCUCUCUCCCUCUCCUUUUCUCUCUCUCUCUUCAUUUUUGCUCCUUUCCCUUUUUUUAAAAAAAUUUCUCUUCUAUUUUUAUUUUUUUUUAACUUAUCAGCUUACUUGAUAUUUUUACAUUCUCUUUGUCUUUCUGCCUUCUCUCUUUGUCUUUCUGCCUUCUCUCUUUGUCUUUCUGUCUUCUCUCUGUCUUUCUGCCUUCUCUCUUUGUCUUUCUGCCUUCUCCCUUUGUCUUUCUGCCUUCUCUCUUUGUCUUUCUGCCUUCUCUCUUUGUCUCUUAUUAUUUCUCGUGUCUCCCUCUUCUCUCUCAUUCUCUUUGUCAAUCCCUUUUUCACUCUUUCUUUGUCACUCUCUUUUUGCUUUUCACUCUGCUUAUCUUUAGUUUCUCAUACACACUUUUUUGUCCUCUCCCCUCUCUCUCUUUAA